CAUCAUCAUUUCUCAACAACUUUGAUAAACAAAAAACAAAUCCGAAUUACCAAACCAAACAUGGCACAGCUUCUUCCUUGCGACUCCGAAGGUGUUUGCAUGGUUUGCAAACAGAAACCUCUGGAAACUGAAACUCUUGUUUGCAGAACAUGCAUAACUCCAUGGCAUGUUCCAUGUCUCCCUAUUGUUCCAACUACAAUUCUUGAUUGGGAAUGUUCCGAUUGUUCACAACCUGUUGACAUCAACCAUGUUGCCGAUGUACCUACUCCGCCUAUCGCCGGAGAUCUUGUUUCCGCCAUUCGCGCAAUCGAGAAUGAUACUUCGCUUACUGAUGAAGAAAAAGCGAAGAAACGUCAAGAACUGGUUGGCGGAUCUAGUAAAACAGCUGCUGAACCGAACUCCAGAAGCUGUAAUAAUGGUUUGCCUGAUCUCUUUGAUGGUAGCGUUAACUGUUCCUUUUGCAUGCAGUUGCCUGACAGACCCGUCACUACACCAUGUCAGCACAAUUUUUGUCUCAAGUGUUUUGAAAAAUGGAUUAAGCAAGGAAAACGAACUUGUGCGAAUUGUAGGGCUGCAAUUCCAGCCAAGAUGGCGAGUAAUCCACGAAUUAACUCACAGAUGGCAGCUGGGAUUCGUAUGGCAAAGCUCGAAAGAUUGCAAGGUGCUGGGGGAAGCAGUGUUCCAAAAGUUUAUCACACUGUUGACAAUGAUGAGCGUCCUGACACUGCUUUCACCACUGAGAGAGCAAAGAAAACUGGAAAGGCUAAUGCAUGUAGCGGGAAAAUCUUUGUGACGAUUCCAAAAGAUCAUUUUGGACCAAUUUCUGCUGAGAAUGAUCCAACAAGGAAUCGUGGGGUUCUUGUUGGUGAUACAUGGGAGGAUAGGAUGGAAUGUAGGCAAUGGGGUGCUCAUUUCCCCCAUGUUGCCGGGAUUGCUGGUCAGAGUACUCACGGUGCUCAGUCUGUUGCUCUUUCUGGAGGUUAUGUUGACGAUGAGGAUCAUGGUGAGUGGUUCCUUUACACAGGAAGUGGUGGAAGGGAUCUUAGUGGAAACAAGAGGACCAACAAAAAUCAGUCAUUUGACCAGCAGUUUGAGAACAUGAAUGAGGCUUUGAGGCUCAGUUGUCGAAAAGGUUAUCCUGUUCGUGUUGUUAGGUCCCACAAGGAGAAACGUUCCUCGUAUGCACCGGAGGAAGGUGUGAGAUACGACGGAGUUUAUAGAAUUGAGAAAUGUUGGCGCAAAAUUGGAAUACAAGGUCAUAAGGUUUGCAGGUAUUUGUUUGUGAGGUGUGACAAUGAGGCAGCUCCAUGGGCAAGUGAUUUUUCCGGAGACCGUCCCAGGCCACUACCUAUAAUUGAGGAGCUUAAGGAUGCAGUUGAUGUUACUGAAAGAAAGGGUGAUCCAUCAUGGGAUUUUGAUGAGGAAAAGGGCUGCUGGUUGUGGAAGAAGCCUCCACCACUAAGUAAGAAGCCGGUUAACACUGUGGAUCCUAUAGAUGGAAGUAAAAUAAAAGUUGUUAAGCCAAAGGCAAAAAAGGCGUCCUUCAAAAUCAAGGAUAGGCUAUUGAAAGAGUUUGGUUGCAAUAUAUGUCGCAAGGUGUUGGCUUCCCCUAUUACUACACCUUGUGCUCACAACUUCUGCAAAGCCUGCUUGGAGGGUUCCUUUUCUGGCCAAAGUUAUAUCAGGAAUAGAACAACCCAAAGCGGACGCUCUUUGCGGACACAGAAGAACAUUAUGAAAUGCCCUACUUGCUCAACUGACAUAGCUGAUUAUCUUCAGAAUCCCCAGGUUAACAGGGAAAUGAUGGGAAUGAUAGAAUCACUCCAACGAAAGGCUGAACAGAUGGAGGAGAGUUCUGAAGAAUCAAGUGCUAGAAGUGAAGAACCAAGUGAUAAAAGUGAUGAAAAUCGCAAGUCGGGUGAGGAGACAGAGGUUCCGAAGCCCUGUGAUUCAAGUGAAAAAGUCUCAGAAGAAACUGAGGAGAAUGAUGUCGAUCCUCUAGAGAAGCGGAGGAAAGGUGCUGAUGGCAAGGCUGUGGUGAACGCGGAGGAGCAUACCGAUGAGGCGGUAGUAGAAAACAAGUAAUGGCUUUCAAUUAAGGGUGGGUGAUGGAUAGGAUUGUGCUGUUUCAUUAUGGAUUUGCAUUUAACAACACUAGUUAAUAUUAGGGUUAUAUUAUUGCUGAUACAAAGUGAAAUCUUUUGAUUGCUUGCUUAAAAGCCAAGACAUUUUAAGACUUUGUUGAACAUGAGAAGGAAUGAAUAAAUUUUAUAUUUUCAUAUCUUAG